UGAGCCAAUGGGUGUGCGAGUGUGCGCCAAUCCAGGAAAUAAGCAGCUCCCGAGGCUCUCGUAGUCUUGUUUCCAGGUUCCUGCAGCAGCUCUCAGUCAGUGCGAGUCUCCCCCCCCCUCACCCCACACCCCCCACCACCACCGCCACCGUCUUCUCAAGUGCUUUUCGUCUCCUCCUCUCCUCCACCGGUCUCUCUCUCUCUCUCACUCACUCCACUCCACUCACUCACUCACUCUCUCUGUGAGUGCAACACAGGCUCCGAGAUGGCAUCUGGUGUUCAGAUUAAUGGAAAGGUCUUGAGCGUCUUUGCUGAGAUGAAAGUUCACAAGACUUCUGAAGAUGUGAAGAAGAGGAAAAAAUUUGCGAUCUUCAAAUUGAACGACGAAAAAACUGAAAUUAUUUAUGAUGAAGAAAACGUCUUGCUGUUUGGACAAAUGGAUGAAGAUACUGAUGGUUUUCAACUUUUGUACGACACGUUGCCCACAAAUGAUUGUCGCUACGCCAUUUUUGAUGUAUGCUAUGAAAAUAAGGAGUCAAAGAAAAAAGAUCUGAUAUUACUGUACUGGGCUCCUGAGAAUGCAAGCCUUAAGAACAGGAUGAUAUAUGCAAGCUCCUUAAAAAAACUUUCCUCGAGUCUUGGAGGUGUCAAAUUGACGUGGGAAGUUGUCGGCCAAGAUGCCUAUGAUCGAAAAGAACUCGCUGCAAAGUUGAACCAAUCGGUCACAAAGCUAGAAGGGAAGUCAACAUAAAUCCUAAUGCUGCAGAGCACCACUAUCUUGUUCAAUUUCUGAGCUAUAUUGUUAACUUACUGCUUUAUUAUUAAAAAAAAUUCCUGGGUGGUUUCAAUCUGCAUUAAGUCCUCAAUAUUUCAAACUUGGAAAAAAUGAUUUCUUCUCCUAAAACCAGCCUUAAUGACCAGCACCUUGGAAUGUCCUCCCGACGUGAAAGGCGCUAUACAAAUCUAAUCUUGUUGUUAGUUAAUGUUGACAAGUGUUGGUUCAUGUUUCUUAUCUGAGAACAAAUCUUAAAUUGAAGAUGACUAUUCCAAAUAUUUGACUCUUAUGAAACAUGCAGAUUUUUUUCUAAAGCUAGAAUCUACUGUUUGUGCAGCAGAAUUAAACCUCUUUUCAAAAUACAAUAGUGAAUUAUGUUUUUAGCAUACAUAGUCUCCAUUGGCAUUGAUAAUUUUAAGUUUGUCCACCAGACCAUUUUCUCUCUUUUUCAUUUAGUGGUUAAGUCCUCUAUCUCAGUGGUUAGAGCACUCGCCUCACAAGUGACAGACCUGGGUUUGAUUCCCGCAGGGCGAAACCGUGGGCAAGUUUUCUUACUCCAAACACCUAAUAAUAAUCCCUCAAGAAAAACAAACAAUAAUAAUUUGGCCACUUCAAUCCAAAACUGUUUGUGGGACACUGCUGUGCGCAAUUGGCUGCUGUGUUUCGCUCACAAAAAUGCAGUCAAUUCACUUUACAGUAUAUUCUGUGAAGUGCUUUGAGACAUCUGGAAGACGUGAAACAGUCCUAUAUCAAGUUCAACGAUUGUUAUUAUUACUUAUCCCAGAAUCACUUGGGCCACUGUGGGCUCGUCCGGGUCUUGGACCCUAGGAUACUUGAAAGAGAAUGACUGGCUGUAGAAUGUAAACAUGUAAUGGGUGCACAAUUGAAUACCUUUAACUUUUGUGCUAUUAAACAUGCUUCAUCCAGUUAGAAUGGGAUUCAACCAGUUUAAAUCAUGUCUCUUGCAUGAAAGGUUGUGCACUGUCACUGAGUAUUUUAACCAAUGGUGGCGUUACAUGAUCUGUACUUUACAUGAUCUGUACUUUACAUUAACCAAGUAUUGCUUCAUUAGCAAAUUUGUUUAAUUUCCCUUAAGGUGGUGAUCACCUUUUCACCGUUGCUCAGUGUGCAAAGCAAAUUACCUGCAUACCAUGUGUUCCUAUAUAUAUGUGGAGUAACCGUGCAUGCAAACACUGGAACCCUUAUAUUGUGUAAGCAAUCUCCUAACUGAUGUAUAAUAGGUGUGAGAAAAUCAUUAUUGGUUUUGUUUUCUAACUUUCCAUCCCUGCUUCAAUCUUUGCUCUUUUAUAAUAAACACAAUCUAGCUGACUCCAAAGAAAACUGCUCUCUCCCAAUUGUGAGAAUCUUCGUAGAAUGUUUUGAAUGGAAUGCAAAAGUUGAAGUCUCCCUUGGAAGUGAUCAUGUUGCUGUUUUAAAUAAACAAUGAAAUCCA